AUGGAGACUGAGCUGGAUGAGAGUGAGCUGGACAAUAGAUUAUGUGUGUGCGGGCGCCUGCCUGACUGUAAGAUUCCCUCUUCCACCUGUAGCUCCCCCAUGGUGAAGGUGUACAGCCGUAACCCAGGGGAAUAUGGGAAAGACAACACCCUGAUCUGUCACGUGAGUGGCUUCCACCCCCCUGACAUCAGCAUCCAGCUCCUGAAGAACGGCGUGGAGAUCCCCGACGCCAAGCAGACAGACCUGGCCUUCCAACAGGGAUGGCAGUUCCACCUCACCAAGAGUGUUGGAUUCACACCAGCCAGCGGAGAGGAGUACACCUGUAGAGUCCGUCACCUGAAGAAUCUGAAUACCUACAUCUGGGAAUCAGAUAUGUGA